AUCUUGGCAGGCGAUAAUGAUGUCGAUGAUGAACCCUUCCCACCCCCUAACGCACAUCGCUCCUCAGUGACCAAUGAGAACAGUCUAAACGGCAGUAGCAGCUUCCUAUUCGACAGCCUGUACGACAGCUCUUUAUUGGCUGGGUUUAGCCACGACUCUCACCAAUCAGAGGAAGAGAAGGAGGGGACUGUUGUCAUGGAGACCAGUCUCCUGUCCAACCAGCAGCGGCAACGCAGCGGGCUCAUAGCCAAUCAGGAGGCAGAGGAACAGGAGGCCGUCCAAUGGGGCGAGUCGUCCUUCAACCUAUCAGAGUGGGGCGACUCUCUGCUGGUUGGAGAGCACUUCCUAGAGAGGCGGAGCCUGCUGAGACACACGGAGGGACUUCAACACGAACAAGACUACGGUCAGACCGACAGACCCCAACCUGACCAUGGGGAAACAGAGCAACAAGGACCUCAACCCAACCACAGCAAUGACCUCACAACCAACCAACUCAUAUUUCCCAUCCUCUCAACCAAUCAACCCCCACCCCUCGACCUAUCCACCAAUCAGCUCACUCCUCCCACCUCCCUGAUCAACCAGCAGUCUCUACACCAAACCUCCCCUCAACCCAAAACGUUGCAAGACUCUCCUCCUGUCCUCUCCCCCCCCUCAUCUCUGACUGACGAGGGCUUCACCCUCCAGCUCUCCCAGGAUGCAUCUCUCUCUCCCAGCAGCCCUAGCGGUGGGCUGGCCAUCAUAGACGUGGCGAGCGACAGAACACUGUUCUACACCUUUAUAGAGGAGUGGAGGAGGAAGGAGAGGUAUUCCCUCGUUCCUGUCUGUCAAACGAAAGAACAAGGAGGAGACAGAGGGAUUGGAGGGAGGCAGAUGAGAGGUCUUCCCCGGUGUUCCUCAGGAGGUGUGGUGUUAACAGGACUGGCUGUCUGCUGGGGAGGAACAGACUGUUACUACAUAUCACUACUACAGCAGCAGAGUACCGAGAUGAGCUCCAGUCUGGCCCCGCCCCCGCUGGCUGCUGAUUUGCCAGUUGGAGAGAGGGUGGAGCAGAUGAGAGCCUGUCUGAGUAAGUCAUUGGCCGACGGGGCAGGGGGUGUGGUCAUGACUUAUGACAUCAUCCAGGUAUACAAGACACUGGUGCUGAGCUAUGGUAUCUCCUUGGAAGGACCCUGUGAAGACAUGAAGGUGGCGUCUUGGCUGUUGGACCCGGGUGGUGAGGAGAGAACUCUAACCAACAUGGUCACCUGCUACUGUCCCUCAGAACUACCGCUGCUGGAUGGACACACACACUCCCCUCGCCUACGAGCAGCCAUAGACAGCGUGCUAAUACACAGCACCAUGGGUCACCUCACUACCCUGCUGGAGAAAGAUGGACUGAUAGGUGUUCAGGGCUCUCUGGUCUAA